CAGUCUUGAUCGAGUCAUCAUCAAGUCCAUGCACUGGAAUCAGACGGAGAACUCCCGAGCUGCUGCCGAGGAGGUACGGAGGUAACCAACCACCAUAUGUGCCAAUUCUAAUGGUAGCGAUCGGAUAACGAGAACGAAAUGGACGACGACGAAUAUGGUGACGCCGAUGACAUUCUCGUCGCCCUUGCAGCGCAAUCGGAACCAUCAAGACAACCCCAACCACAGCCGGCUCCGAGAAUUCAACAGCCCACGCCCCAGCGCCUCGACCGACCACCACCUUCGAAUGCAUCCUCCGGCCCCGGGCCGCCCAAGGUCGUGCAGCCUACCCCACAGGCUUUGCCCGCUCGUGGCUCGGGGUCCUCCAUCCUCGUCUCCCCCAGGCAAAAGGGCAACCCAGUGCUCGCCUGCCUAAAGUCGGUCGCCUGGGAAUACAGCGACAUACUCGCCGACUACGGGCUAGGCCAAACAACAUGCGCUCUCUUUCUUAGCCUCAAAUACCACCGCCUCCACCCGGAAUACAUCUACACGCGCAUCCGCAACCUCCAAGGGAAAUACAACCUCCGCAUCGUGCUCACCAUGGUGGACAUACCCAACCACGAGGAUGCGCUGCGCGAGCUGUCCAAGACCUCGCUGGUCAACAACGUGACCGUGAUCCUAGCCUGGUCCGCCGCCGAGGCCGCCCGCUACCUCGAGCUGUACAAGGCCUACGAGCACGCGGGGUUCGGCGCCAUCCGCGGCCAGCAGGCCGAGAGCUACGCCGAGCGCCUCGUCGACUUCGUCACCGCCCCGCGCAACAUCAACAAGACGGAUGCCGUCGCGCUGGUGAGCUCGUUUGGGAGCCUGCGGAACGCGGUGAAUGCGGCGCCGGAGCAUCUUGGGGUUGUGGGCGGGUGGGGUGAGAGGAAGGUUCGCGCGUGGACCAAGGCGGUGGAGGAUCCGUUUAGGGUGAGGAAGGCUGCCGGGAAGCGGGCGGUUGCGGCGGGGAGGGCGUCGCAGGGGACGGGUGCAGGUGUGUCGGGCGCUUCUAAGGGUCGGGGUGUGGGUGGCCAAGGGGAGGAGGAUGCGGAGGCGGCGGUUGUCGAGGCAGAAGUCGAAGCGGCAGCAGCCUCGGGAAGUGGGCGGCAAACUCAACCUGUGCCGGUGCGGCCUGCAUCGGCUACAUCGGCGACGCCGGCGGUACCGGCGCGCAAGCCCGAUCAUCUGAGCGACGGUGUCGCCGCCGCGUUGGCAAAACUCAGAGAGCAGGGGGGCUGACCACGUCACGGACACUCCGGUUGGAACCUCAGCCAUGUUUUCGCUGCGCGACACAAAUGCCACACGCCUGGCAGUGGAACGGUCCUCGUUCAGCAGGGCCACCUCUAUCACCUCGACACACUUUCAGACUCUCGACACACUACCCUUGUUCGGCUCGCCGGAGCGAUUGCACCUGCCCGGGCAUUGAGCGAGCUGCUCGCCCUCCUCAACGUUGCGGUGCCGUGUAUGACUUGGUCUUAUCGUCGUUCGCGGUCAUGAACGAUAUUGUUAGACUGGGAUGCCAUGCCGGG